UUAGCGGGUACCGGCUCCCGGAAGGUCACCGUGUGAAGGAGGAAGGGGUAACCCGGGUCUCCCUGCUGUUUCAGGGGCGCAACGGCCGAGCAGACGAACCCGGCCUAAGGCGGUGGUGAUAAGCAGACGGGCAAUUUCCUGCGACACCAUGGAGAGCGGCGGGGGAAGCGGGAACAAAACCACGGGGGGCUUGGCCGGCUUUUUCGGAGCCGGCGGGGCAAGUUACUCGCACGCGGAUUUGGCCGGAGUCCCGCUGACUGGUAUGAACCCUCUGUCUCCUUAUUUAAAUGUGGAUCCACGAUACCUGGUGCAGGAUACUGAUGAGUUUAUUUUACCCACUGGAGCUAAUAAAACCCGGGGCAGAUUUGAACUGGCCUUCUUUACCAUUGGAGGAUGUUGUAUGACAGGGGCUGCAUUUGGAGCAAUGAACGGUCUACGGCUAGGAUUGAAGGAAACCCAGAACAUGUCCUGGUCCAAACCAAGAAAUGUACAGAUUUUGAACAUGGUGACUAGGCAAGGGGCACUUUGGGCUAAUACUCUAGGUUCUCUAGCUUUGCUCUAUAGUGCAUUUGGUGUCAUCAUUGAGAAAACACGAGGUGCAGAAGAUGACCUUAACACAGUAGCAGCUGGAACCAUGACAGGCAUGUUGUAUAAAUGUACAGUCAUACAGAGAGAGAGAGAGACAGAGACACAGGCAGAGGGAGAAGCAGGCUCCAUGCACCGGGAGCCCGACGUGGGACUCGAUCCCGGGUCUCCAGGAUCGCGCCCUGGGCCAAAGGCAGGCGCCAAACCGCUGCGCCACCCAGGGAUCCCUGUACAUGGAUUUUUUGACUGUGCAGGGGGUGGGGUGGCAUCCUGUAACCCCACUCACUGUUCAAGGGUCAACUGUAAUUACAUUUCAAGUGGUUAUGUAAAUACCUACAUAAUAGCUUUUGGGACCUGAAAGUCUAAAAUAUUUACUUUCUGGCCAUUCUAAGAAAAAUUUGCUGGUUCCCCAGCUCUAAAGUAAUUGUCAGUUCAGUGUAUUAGCUCUGCCACUGUCCAGCUCUAUUCCCCACAAACAAGGUACUUUAAUAUUCUGGGCCUCAUCUUCCUAUGAUCAGAAGAUUUGCCCUUUCUGGCAAGAGUUGUGUAAGGACCAAAAGAUAGAAGGUAAAACUGAAACACAUGUCUGGUGUUUGUUUUCCUUUAUAGAGAUUGACCAUUGACCUUAUUUGGUUACUGUGUUCAAAGCAAGAAUAUUUGCUAUCAACUUCCUGUGCUUAGUUGGGCAGAAGUUCUUUACAGAAAGUCUAAAGCCAAGGCCUUCAAACGUUUAAUAGAAUCAGUUAGAAAAUGCUGGAAUUAAUGGAAAGUUACAACUAAAACCUGGCUUGGUAUGUGAUAAGAGGCUACCCUUAAAUCAGGAUUAGCUGUGCUUAGUAAAUCAAGCACUGCCAAUGUUUAGUGUCUGCUUGCUGCAAAUAACUGUUGUCCAACCUUCAAAGAAGUGACUUGUUUGAAUUAAGUUUGUUUCAUUUUGGUCAGAAAGUAGAAAGCUUUCUAGAAGACACAUUGUUGUUAAGGGACACUUAAAAUGCCACUGGUGUCCCAAAAAUCUGAGUCUUGCAAUUCUGUUUCAUUGUUACCCCUAGUGCACCUGCCCAAGGAGGCUUGUUAUUUGAUAGCUGAGAACAAAUAUGAGUCUUUCAAAAAAGUGGCUAAGUGGCCGUGUUCUUAGGCACACUCAAAGCAAAGGGCCAAGUGUAAGGAACAGUUUGCCGGUAUUUCCAGACCAGUGUGCAGAGUUCAGAGCUCUGUAGAUCCAGGGGAGUUCAUCUGAAGUUGAAUGUUUGGUCCCAGGAAAACAUCUGCAAAUGUAGUGCGCUUCCAGGUACCUGCCCUCCAUCAUUUUUCUGCUAAUAAACAGCAGUGAGGCCACCUUUCUUUUGUUUUUUGUUGAGUCAGAAUGGAGUACUGUAUGUUUGUAACCUGCUUCAAAGAGCCCUCAUUAUACUCAGUUUAGAUCUAGAGCAGCAUGUUGAUGCUGUUGCUAGUAGUAGUUAUUCUCCUGUACUUCAUAGUUUGUUUUUUUCCUCUUAGUAAUUUGGUCUAAUUAUAAUUCACCUUUAGUCCCUAGAACUUUUUGUUGAUUUACUAAAGACAUGAGAGGUUAAGUUAUUAUUGGGCAGACUGUUUUAACUAAGGUUGAAUCUUGCAACCGCAUUGGAUACAGUUGCAAAGUCAACUGCUAUACUUAGUCUAAAUGUAGCAAGAUGAUACAAAGAUGAUAUGGGCUUCAAGGAGAAAUCUUCCAUUGAAUUUUUUUCUGAUUCCUGCUUCCCACAUAUUUGAUGAUGUUUAUAAGUGAUGCCUGCAGUUUCUGUUUCAGUCUGUUUGAGAGAGAUAAUUAGGGCACUUCAUGGUGAAAACCUACGCAGGUCGGCUAUCAGACCUCUUCAGACCAGAGAGGCUCUUGGAGGGGGUGGCUUUUUAAUCAGCUGAAGCCAUCUGGCAGGACAGGACAUUCAUUGCAGAAAUGGUAGUCUGAAGUGUUCUAACUUGGCAGUGUUACUGAAUUUCACAGAAUUUCCUGGUUUGUAGCCAAAGGGCCUCUGGUAAGGUAAUCACUGGACCACAGCUCCAUUCCAACUUUGCCUUCCUAACAAAUACGUAACUUGGAAUGACUAUUCCAUAGGUAUAGACUCCCUGAGGUUUAUGGUAUCUACUCGUUUGUGAAACCAUAAGAACAUUGAGUUAUUUCCUAAAAGCUUAUUUGGGUACCCCUUAGUCCUCUUGGUAGACUCCAGGGAUGAUAUUCAGGUAACUGAUUAAAACAUUUUUGUUUUUACGUUUCAGGUGAAAUAUAUAUUGCUACUUGGUUUUCACAUGAAAAACUUGUUCAAAGUUUAAUCUUUCAAUGUUUUUCAGUGAGGAUGAUGAAGCUGUGUGCCUUGUUUCUCAUUAGUUAUACUAGAGAUUGGCAGAUGUGUCAGUGUAGGAAUGGACAGGGAGGAGGGUGGGGACAGGUGGUCCUUUAUCAGCACUUAACACAAAAAUUUGAUUAUAGCUAUCUUAUCACCACUACUUCUUGAGUCUUCAAAGUUAAUAGAGGACCUGUCCAGAGUCCAGAGGUUAAUAUUGUUUCCAAAGAGGGUGUCACCUUGUUUAUAUUAUAGCCUUGAAUCAAUUUGUAGUGCCUAUGAGGCCCUAAACAGUAGGACUGGCAGGAAAUUAUUCAUCUGUUUGGGACUUCAAUAUGCAUAAGAUCUUGUCUGAAGUAUUGUAGGAACAAGUGAGAUGGAGAAAAAUCAAGAAAUUAUUAAUGCUCAUGAUCUUAGCUAUAAAUUAUGAAAUUAAAAGCAAAAAGAUUGUGAAUGAGAAUAUAUGUAUUAAACAAGUGAUUUAAAGGAAUCUCUUGAACCUCUCUUGGUUUCUUGUAUUAUUUUUAGGACAAUCUGUUUGAGGUGGAAUAUUGAUAAACAUGAAUUAUGUCUCAAUUUCGUGAUAAUGUUACUUAAUCCUUUGAUGCUAGGACACUAUGCAAUACAAGGCUGUUUCUCCCCCUCCUCCUCUUUUCCAGGUGGUCUACGAGGGGUAGCACGAGGUGGGCUAGCAGGACUAACGCUUACCAGCCUCUAUGCACUAUAUAACAACUGGGAGCACAUGAAAGGCUCCUUACUCCAACAGUCACUCUGAAGAUUUCGCCAACUUAUGAGUGGAGGACACUUUAGUAGUCAUCCAGACCAAUUUAUAUGUCAGUCUGGAGUUGCUCUCUCUUCCUACAGUUAGUUUGAAAAAUUGGAGAUUCCAGUUUGCUGUGGUAAAGAUCAUGUAUGGUUGACCAGGACUGGCAUCCUGCUAGCCAGAGUGGAAGCCCAAACUCCUCUGGUGGCUGAGUAAUGUGGUUCUUCCCUACCCUCUGAACUGAAAAACUACUUACAGGAUUCAGGUCAUGAUUGUUGUCUAUACCGUAUCCCCACAUUUAUUUAAUGAUCUGAAACUGUAAUGUUGCCUUGUAUUUCCAAUAAAGGGUGAAAACAGAA